AAAAGCGGGAUUAAAGUGUGUUUGUAUUUGUUUGGUAACUGAUUGCUAAUUCGGUUCUGUUAUCUAGAUAAAUUAGCAUUAAAAGUCAAGUAAUGUGCAUUUGUAACGAAAACGCAAGAAAAUAAUUUUGGAACCGAUUUCAUAAAUGUAUUAAUAUAUCACAUUCCCGCUCAUAUGAUCUAAUUUCUUUUCUCUCAAACAAAAUUCCCUCUUUAUCUUCACAUCUAAGCUUGAUUUUUUCACCCUGAACGCAAAAAGACUUAGUGGGUGCAAAGCAAGGAAUAUGUCAAAUGUCUGCCAACUGUUUUAUUAUAUACAUAAGAAAACUCAUUCAAAGGACAAUGUUUGUGGUGUUUGAGAAAAAGCUGCUCUGUGAAUAUUUGUGCUAUUUCAGUGAACUUUUCAGUGAUGAACAUAGAUAUCACUCAGCACAAGAAAAUUCUGCUGGUUAAGGCUUUCAGUAUAUGUACUUUAAGUCUAUUUUUCAUUUCAUUUCAUCCACAACAUAUUUAUUAAUGAAAAACAUCGUCAAUAUAUGCAUUUAGACUGUGGCAUGGACUGAAUCUGUAAGUGCACCAAAACUUGACACAGAGCAUGGACAGAACAGCAUAGUGGGGUAAUUUGAUACUUGAUAAUUAUUGAAAUGAAUCGAAGAUUAUCUGAAGAAGAAUUAUUUAAGAGACUGAAAAGUAAUGAUGUAUCUAUCAUCUACUCUGCCCUUGCUAAUAUUGCAAAUUAUUACGGUAGAAAUUGUGAAGCAAUGAAAGUAUUAGAAAAGUAUUCUGCAAUAGAAAACAUUAUAUCAUAUCUUGAACAUCCUAAAUUGUCUAGUUUUUCUGUCAGCAUUAUUGCAGAUGCUUGCCUCGAAAGUAGCCUAGUCCAGGAAAUCAUCAAAAAUAAUGCUGUAACAGUGUUGAUUCGAAUAAUGAAAAGUACAGUGACUGACCAGAUACGAAGCAGAGCUUGUCGAGCUUUAGGGAAUAUAGCAUUGUCUGAAUUGGGUUUCACUUCCAUUCCUGGACAAGAAAUUGUUCCUAUCCUUGUCCGGUUUUUGACUGAAACAGUAGAUGUAAAUCAUCAACAGAUUGCUUUGAGAACACUAAGAAUUUUGGGCAAAAGCUCUAAAAAUCGAGUAAUAAUUGUACGUGCAAAAGCUUUAACUUCCAUUGUCAGUUUAUUACAUUCUUCUCAUAAAAAAGUGUUACUUUCUAGCAUCAAAACUCUUUCAGAAUUGUCAGCAAAUUGCAAUAAGGAAUUAGGAAAUCAGCUUAUAAACCUAGAAGUGCAUACGAUUUUAGUAGAAUUAUAUUCUCAGGCUGAAUCUCCGGCACAGAAGUGUGCUUUAACGACUUUGAAAAAUAUGUCAUACUGUCAUGAAAUUAAGAAUAUUUUAGUAAAAGCUGGUGUUCUGAAUACAUUUGUAGAAGCAGCAAAUAAUCUUCAGGACUUUGAAAUAAGUAGCAUUGCUAUAUUAGCACUUUGUAAGUUUUUAGAUCGAGUUUUUGCAUUUAAUAUUGAAGAAAAGAAUGCUAUAUUAAAAGUACUAAUAGAUGUACUACAGCUGAAUACCUACAAAACUAUUCAUGCACACAUUAUUUCAGCCUUAUUUCCACUAUCUUUUACUCCUGAAAUGACCGAAGUGCUUCAGGAUUAUAAAAUAGUUACAGUUUUAAUACGUCUUUUGAAGUAUUUCAUUAAUUUCAAUAAAUUUAAGCACGUUAAUCCAGAACCUACAAUUUGUGUUGAUAAUUGUAAUUCUGUAAUAAAUUAUGCUUCUAGUUUUUCUAAUUUAAAAGAGGGAUUUAAAAAAUUACCUAGUUCAUUUCCAUCUGUCUUAGAAAAUAUCCCAAAUCCUGAAGGAAAUGCUGAAUGUUCAAAAGAAAGUCAUUUUAGAGUAGAUAAAGGUCCAGUUGCAGGGAAAUCUUUAAAUAGAAAAAGUGAAUCUAAUGUAGUAUCUUUGAUAGAUAAUUCUGAAUCUUUUGACAAAAGCAGAACUGAAUACUCAGUUUUAUCUGCAUAUGAUGAAUUUGCUAAAUCUGAGCAAAUUUCAUCUCUAAAAUUAUCUGAUUCCUUGGAGCAGUUAGGAAAACAUAAUAUUGAUGAAGAAAAUUGCAAAUUAUCUAUGUUAAAUACUGAAUGCAGUACGAGUUCUGAUCAUGAAAAAAAACGUAAAGCUGAGCAUUUGAAAGAAUCUACACAUGAAUUUUCAACACAUGUUGCUAAUGGUGAACACAAGAGAAUUAAAACUUCAGAGAAAAUUUCUGUACUUGAAGAAAAGGUGAAGAUCUCUAAAACAGAGCAUCUUCGAAAAGCAGAUGUAUCUGAUCACCACAUACUGAGAUUUUUAUUACAAAUUGCUUCCCAUAAUGAAAUAAGGGCUUGCUUAGAUUUUACAAAUAAAGCAAAUUUUAUAGUUCUUUUGGAUUAUAUUUUUUUGAUUCCUAAUCCUGAUUCUAAAGCAUUAAAGUGUCUAUCAAAAGUGGCAGAAAACGUGAAUUGUUUUGAAAAACUAAUCAUAAAUGGUUUUUUCAUGGCAAUAGAAGAAAAUUUUAAGAAAAUGCAUGAUUUUAAAAUCUGCUACCAUUGUUCCCAGGUAAAUGCAAUUUUUAACCAUAUCUAUCUUUCUGCUAGCACUGUAGCUGAAUCAAACUAUGGAAUUGGUAUUUUACAUAAACUUCUAUCAAGUUCUGAAAAACAAAACCAGUUAAAUGCUCUGCAUAUAAUCUCAAGAGUUGUAAAAAAUAUGUCGUCUGGACUAAAAUUAUUAAUUCUAGGGAAUGGUUUAUCAUUAUUGACUGAAUUUUUAAAUGAUACUUCAAAAUCUAUUAAAAUUGGAGCAUUUCUGUGUUUGUGCGAAUUAUAUAAAAAGGCAGAACCCAUUAAAAGUCUAAAGGAAACUCAUCAAAUUAUAAAAGGAAGUUUUUCCUCCAUAACACAUUCUGAGCCAUGUUUUAAAUGUGCCUAUGAAAAUGCAUUGCAAGAUGUUACAUUUGCUCUUGAUAGUGGUGAGAAAAUAUCUGCUUCUCGCAAAGAUCUCUCUCAGAAUUCUGAAUAUUUUGAUGCUUUGUUAAAUGGCCAUUUUUUAGAACGGAGUGAAAAUUUAAUAAUUCUACCAGAUAUAUCUGUUAAAACCCUAACAAUUAUCUUGCAUUUUCUGCAUGGUUGCCAAGUUCAGUACUGUCGGAAUAUUCAAAUGAUUUCCCUGGAUGUCUUGCUGGAGUUGCUGUCUUCAUGUGAAAGGUUAUUGCUCACUGACAUUAAGGCUUUUACUGAAAAACUGUUAUUAGAGUAUAUGCAUCCCAAUACAAUUUUUAAUAUCUAUUCCCAAGCAAAAUUGUAUAAUUCUUUUAUAUUAGUAGCGAAAGCUGUGGAUUAUGUUCUAUCAAUUCAUACUUUUCAACAAAAUAAUUUGCUUAGGUAUUUCGAAGAAUUUAUGAACUCUCCUUCAUAUUUCAGCUUUAUUGAUGACAUAAAAAGGAUGACUGAAAAUAAAUUUAAGGAUUGGCUACUUUCCAGCUAAGAAGUUCCACUUGGCACUAUAAGUAAAUAUUGAUGUAAAAUCUAAAUCCACUAAUGUGAGCUUUUGACACCAGAAAGAAACAAAGAGCUUUUGAAAGAGGAAUGGGCAAACCUUCAUGUUGGCAUCUGCUCUUUGAAUUAUUUUGUGAUAUGAUCUUUCAUUACAUCACUGUUUCAGCACUUGUGUAAUAUUAAAAUGCAGUUUCAUUUUAUGGUCUUCUGUAUAAAGUCUUUCAGUAUAGACAACACCUUUAUCAUGAAAGACUGUUCACCAUUCGAGAAUUCCCAGAUUGUGUAAUCCAUGCUAAUUCUCCUUACAAAACAAAAGAAAGAAAGAAAGAAAGGAAAAAGGAGUCAAAGGCAAAAUUACAGAAUCAAAAUGUUCCUUCUUCUCACUUACUUGCAAUUUUGACAUUGCAUAGAUAUGUGUGAAGUAAAAUGAACAGGUUACCACAUUGACACUUUAGUGCUAAAUUAUGACUGGCACCUAUUCAACCAUAAAAUACCAGAAAAUCCUUUUUGGUAAAAUCUAUGAAAGAAAAUAUGAUAAUUGAUAGUCUUUAAAUGUACAUGCUAAAUAAGAUUGUAUGUUAUCAAUAACUUUUUUUAUUAAGUUGAAAAUUUUGUUUUUUUUUUUUUUUUUGUUAUAAAA